AUGUUCGCGGUAAAAGGCUGGUCCAUUCCGGCCAGCGCGCUGAAAACACAGACUCUCAAACCGGCCAAAUCGGAGCAGACACCAGCGGCAGAUGGAGCUUCGAACGAGGCUGGCCCAGCGGGCGCAGCUGGACAGAAGAGGAAGCGUGCGAGUAAAGACCAGAAGCAGGUCAAUGUCAGCGAGGCCAAUGUAGCGGAUCUCUAUGCUUCAGUUAUCGAGAAGGAUCAGACGCCAAAGGGAGGCAAGGCAGCGAAGGCAAAGCCCAGCGAGAAGAGACAGAAAGUCACACAAGAGCCAGCGAAGGAGCUAUCCAGCCCCGAUGCAAAUGCACCAGCAGCCACCGAAGUCGCAGAUGCGAAGCCCGCCGCCGCCGCUGCCGCCGACCCAACAGCUGCCAUCACCCUCUCUGAAAGAGGUCAGAAGAGAAAGACCAUGAAAGACAAGAAGCGCGAGAAAGCGAAAGCCAGCGUCGCGCCCGAGACCAGCGAACCCACAGAAACACAUACCAUCUCCCCCCCCGCCCCCGCCAAAGUGCAACCCAAACUCACCCCCCUCCAAGCCUCGAUGCGUCAAAAGCUCGUCUCCGCGCGCUUCCGCCACCUCAACCAAACCCUCUACACCACGCCCUCCGCGCACUCCCUAUCCCUCUUCUCCGAGAACCCCGAGAUGUUCCACGAGUACCACGAGGGUUUCCGGCGCCAGGUCGAGGUCUGGCCCGAGAACCCGGUUGAUACGUAUAUCGCACAGAUCCGGAAGCGGGGGAAGGUGGCAGCGAAGGAGAGGGGGAAGGGGGAGCAUCCUGAUACGGCGAAGGAGAUUGAUAAGCUGCCGUUGCCGAGGACGGUAGGGACGUGUUAUAUUGCUGAUCUCGGGUGUGGAGAUGCGAAACUGACGCAGGCGCUGGAGAAGGAGAAGAAGGCGCUUAAGGUGCAAGUUUUCAGCUAUGAUUUGCAGAACCCGAGUCCGUUUGUUACGAAGGCGGAUAUUUCGAACUUGCCCUUAGAGGAUGAUAGUUGUGAUGUCGCGAUCUUCUGUUUAGCGCUCAUGGGAACGAAUUGGGUUGAUUUCAUCGAGGAGGCGUAUAGGAUCUUGCAUUGGAAGGGGGAGUUGUGGAUUGCGGAGAUCAAGAGCCGGUUUGGCAGGGUUGGGGGCGCGCAUAAACGCGUCGAGCAUAGCGUGGGGAAUAGGAAGAAGCCGGCCGCGAAGGCGGCGAAGAAGAUGGAUGAGGAUGCUGAUAAUGCGGAUCUCCUCGUCGAGGUGGACGGGCACGAUGAUACCAAGGCCGAGACGGACGUGUCAGCUUUCGUGGAGGUGCUACGGAAGAGGGGGUUUGUGCUACAGGGCGAGAAGGCGGUGGAUCUGAGUAACAGGAUGUUCGUCAAGAUGGCUUUCGUCAAGGCCCUAGCGCCUAUGAAGGGGAAGUGCGUGCCGGUGCCUAAGGGUAUGGAGAAGAUGGGCCAGACGACGUGGAAGCCGAAGGCGAAGCCUAAGUUCCUGGAGGAGGAGGACGUGCCGGUCUCGAGCGAGGCGAUGGUGCUGAAACCGUGUGUUUACAAACUAAGAUAG